UCUGUAAUUCUUGUAUUUUCCAGCUUUUUUCUAGCUGCUGUCUUUGCACUGCACAAAGUAGAGGACGGGACAAGAUAGCCAGGGUCGGUCAUCGAACAUUUUCAUUCCACACAGGGUGUUUUCCUUUUCUUUCUUAAGGACAGCCAGGGAAACACUGAAGGAUAAGUAAUGUACUCAAGAGUAUAAAGACUAGGGAAAACUGACAAAUGAACAUGUAGGAAUUCCAGACAAAUCCUGCCAAACCGUGCGAAUGGAGUGGAAGUAAAUCCUGAUCCUCCACAACCCCAUCACUUCGCAACCCCAAGUCCCGGUAAAACAGUAAUUGGCGGCGCGGCUCCGCAUGACGUCAUACCGCAGGCACUCCAACCCCACGUGGGGGAGCGCCUGGUCCGCCUCUCCUUAAACGGUACGUCACGCCUCCUUCUCUUUCUGACCAAUCAAAUGCCGCCCUUUAGCCUCUUUCCGACCUUUCCCGCCGUCCCAGACCGCCCAUCUUGGCACGCCGGUCUAAUCAAGGAGGUCCUGCCUCUCCCGAACCCUACCGGCUCCCGGCGGAAGAGGGGCAGGGUUUCUAUCUUUCGACUCCACCUUGGUCUGUGCAGCUACCGCCAACCCGAGCGGUCAGAUGGAGGGGGCGUGGCUUAGGGUCCCCUCCCCCAGCGUGGGGUUUUCUGUUUGCAGGGGGCAGCUGGGUGCUAGACCUAGCAACCUCUCUGCGGGGUGUGGGUCGGGCGGGUCCUUCCAGCGGUGGCACCAUGGAGCACUCUCCUGCCGACGGCUCCAGUCCCAGCCUCGUGGACCAGCCCUCUACUCCCUCCGACCCUUCUGACCAGCCCCCCGCUGCUCACGCAAAGCCGGACCUGGGUUCUGGGAACCAACCUGCCCGCCCAGGCGCUGCGGGUGAGGCCAUGGCGUUGCUGUCUUCGUUCGGGCGGCGGCUGCUGGUGCUGGUGCCGGUGUACCUGGCCGGCGCAGUGGGACUCAGCGUGGGUUUCGUGCUCUUCGGCCUCGCCCUCUACCUGGGCUGGCGCCGGGUCCGCGAUGAGAAAGAACGGAGCCUUCGAGCAGCGCGGCAGCUGCUGGACGAUGAGGAGCGGCUCACGGCGAAAACACUUUAUAUGAGCCAUCGAGAACUACCUGCCUGGGUCAGCUUUCCGGAUGUGGAAAAGGCUGAGUGGCUAAAUAAGAUUGUGGCCCAGGUCUGGCCCUUCCUGGGCCAGUACAUGGAGAAGCUUCUGGCUGAAACUGUGGCCCCAGCUGUUCGAGGCUCUAACACCCAUCUGCAAACAUUUACAUUUACACGAGUGGAACUAGGUGAAAAGCCAUUGCGCAUCGUAGGCGUCAAGGUUCACCCUGGUCGGAGCAAAGAACAGAUCCUGUUGGAUUUGAACAUCAGCUAUGUAGGUGAUGUGCAGAUUGACGUGGAAGUGAAGAAAUAUUUCUGCAAAGCAGGAGUCAAAGGCAUGCAGCUACAUGGUGUCUUACGGGUGAUUCUUGAGCCUCUCAUGGGGGACCUUCCUAUCGUGGGAGCUGUGUCGAUGUUCUUCAUCCGACGCCCGACCCUAGAUAUCAACUGGACGGGGAUGACCAAUCUGCUGGAUAUCCCAGGACUCAGCUCCCUCUCUGACACCAUGAUCAUGGAUUCCAUCGCUGCCUUCCUUGUGUUGCCCAACCGAUUAUUGGUGCCCCUUGUGCCUGACCUUCAUGAUGUGGCCCAGUUGCGUUCCCCUCUGCCCAGGGGCAUUAUUCGGAUUCACCUGCUGGCUGCCCGAGGUCUGGGCUCCAAGGACAAAUACGUGAAGGGCCUGAUUGAGGGCAAGUCAGACCCCUAUGCACUGGUGCGAGUGGGCACCCAGGCAUUCUGCAGUCGAGUCAUUGAUGAGGACCUCAACCCCCAGUGGGGAGAAACUUACGAGGUGAUGGUACACGAGGUCCCAGGGCAGGAGAUUGAGGUGGAGGUGUUUGACAAGGAUCCAGACAAAGAUGACUUUCUGGGCAGGAUGAAGCUGGACGUAGGGAAGGUGCUACAGGCUGGAGUACUGGACGAUUGGUUUCCUCUGCAAGGCGGGCAAGGCCAAGUUCACUUAAAGCUAGAAUGGCUGUCACUUUUGCCAAAUGCAGAAAAACUAGAGCAGGUUCUGCAGUGGAAUCGAGGAGUCUCCUCCCACCCAGAGCCGCCAUCAGCCGCCAUCUUAGUUGUCUAUCUGGAUCGGGCCCAGGAUCUCCCUGUGAGUGUGGAUUCUGAAAUUCUACCUCCACAGCUGAAGAAGGCGAACAAGGAACCCAACCCCAUGGUACAACUGUCAAUUCAGGAUAUGACCCAGGAGAGCAAGGCUGUCUACUGCACCAAUAGCCCGGUGUGGGAGGAGGCUUUCCGGUUUUUCCUACAAGACCCUCGAAGCCAGGAGCUCGAUGUGCAGGUGAAGGAUGACUCCAGGGCUCUGACAUUAGGGGCACUGACCCUGCCUCUGGCUCGCCUGCUGACUGCCCCCGAACUCACCUUGGACCAGUGGUUCCAGCUCAGCAGCUCUGGCUCAAACUCCAGGCUCUACAUGAAAUUGGUUAUGAGGAUCUUGUACUUGGAUUCAUCAGAAGUGCACUUUCCCACUGUGCCUGGAAUUCCUGGGGCUUGGGACCUGGACGAGAGCCCCCAGACAGGCAGCAGCGUGGAUGUCCCACCUCGACCUUCUCACACUACUCCUGAGAGUCACUUUGGGAUGGAGAAUGUGCUUCGGAUCCAUGUAUUAGAGGCCCAGGAUCUGAUCGCCAAAGACCGUUUCCUGGGGGGACUAGUGAAGGGCAAGUCAGACCCCUAUGUCAAACUAAAGCUGGCAGGACGAAGCUUCCGGAGCCGUGUUGUUCGGGAAGAUCUCAAUCCCCGCUGGAAUGAGGUUUUUGAGGUGAUUGUCACGUCAAUUCCAGGCCAAGAGCUAGACAUUGAAGUUUUUGACAAGGACCUGGACAAGGAUGACUUUCUGGGCAGGUGCAAAGUGAGUCUCACCGCAGUCCUGAACACAGGCUUCCUCGAUGAGUGGCUGACCCUGGACGACGUGCCAUCUGGCCGCCUGCACUUGCGUCUGGAGCGUCUGACACCCCGGCCCACGGGUGCUGAGUUAGAGGAGGUGCUGCAGGUGAACAGUCUGAUCCAGACGCAGAAGAGCGCAGAGCUGGCGGCGGCCCUGCUAUCUGUGUAUCUGGAGCGGGCGGACGAGCUGCCGCUCCGGAAAGGGACCAAGCCUCCCAGCCCUUACGCUACUCUCACCGUCGGAGACACUUCUCAUAAGACGAAGACAAUUGCCCAAACCUCAGCCCCUGUCUGGGAUGAGACUGCCUCCUUUCUCAUCAAGAGACCACACAUCGAGAGCCUGGAGCUGCAGGUCCGGGGUGAGGGGACAGGCACACUGGGCUCGUUCUCCCUGCCCCUCUCGGAGCUACUCGUGGCUGACCAGCUCUGCCUGGACCGUUGGUUUACACUUAACAAUGGUCAAGGGCAGGUGCUACUGAGAGCACAGCUCGGGAUCCUGGUGUCCCAGCAUUCGGGCGUGGAAGCACACAGCCAUAGCCACAGCUCCUCCUCGCUGAGUGAAGAACCAGAGCUCUGGGGGGGACUCCCUCACAGCACCUCCUCUGCCCCGGAGCUGCGGCAGCGCCUGACACAUGGGGACAGUCCCCUGGAGGCUCCAGCUGGGCCCCUAGGCCAGGUGCGACUGACCGUCUGGUACUACAGCGAAGAGCGAAAGCUGGUCAGCAUUGUUCACAGCUGCCGGGCCCUUCGACAGAAUGGACGGGACGCCCCCGACCCCUACGUGUCACUGUUGCUAUUGCCAGACAAGAACCGGGGUACCAAGCGGAAAACCUCACAGAAGAAGAGGACCCUAAACCCUGAAUUCAAUGAACGAUUUGAGUGGGAACUGCCCCUAGAUGAGGCCCUGAGGCGAAAGCUGGAUGUCUCUGUGAAGUCGAAUUCCUCCUUCAUGUCAAGGGAGCGUGAGCUGCUGGGGAAGGUUCAGCUGGACCUUGCUGAGAUAGACCUUUCCCAGGGAGCGGCCCAGUGGUAUGACCUCAUGGAUGACAAGGACAAGGGCAGCUCCUAGGAGCCAAAGAUUCCCAGCCUGACCACAGUCUCCAUGCCUUGCCCCUCACUGCAUCACCACCUUGAUGUGAUGAGCCUAAAGCUAGGGCCCGAGGGUAGAGCCUGUGCCCCUCAGCCCUCUCACCUCCCAGGCCCGUGCUGGGGCCUUUGCUUGACCAAAGAGGAGGACCAUGUCACCCUUUACUGCAUGGCCUUGAUCCUUCUGGGCUCCUGGGGCAGAGACCUGAGCUGGCUGUUUCCCGCUCUGCCUGCACGUUCUCCUCCUUUGUCCCUCCGCCUCAGGGCCUUCUGUACCGUGCCUGGCCACUGGCAGCACUAGCAGCGGCCUUCGCUUAUGCCAAAUACAGCUUCUGGAAAGAUCUUUUCUCCUUAAGUGGACAGCCACCUUCUUCCCUACCAUGAACAGUCAGGGAGGGCAAACGUGGGUGGGAAGGUAGACGGGUUAACCAUUCAAGCCAAGAGCCUCUGGGACUAGUGUGUGUCAUCAGCAUAUGGUGACCCAGACCCCCGAGUCCAGUUCUGCCCCCACUUCUCAAGUCUGUCCCGAAAAUUACACCUGCUGCGAUGACCAGGGCCAGUCUCUUGAUGCACUUUGGGAACCAGAACGCUUAGCCACUACUUGGAAGAUGUGGAGAGAACCUCUGUCUUAGGGCUUCUGGCUGGCACCGUGCAGCCUUGGAGGACGGGAGGCAGCAGGGCCAGUAUCGGUUCAGGUACCUGGGCUGUUAACUCAUUGACUAGAACCCAAUCUCUUGGUUUUGCACCAACUCUGCCAACCCACUGUACCUUAUAUUAAACAUUAUACUCAAACCA